GCGGAACCUUUAAUCGUUUACGUCACAGAGCAGGCGGAGUGGAAUAAUAGUUACACGCCGACCAAAUGUGAAAAUUGAAGGUUACCAAUAGUGUGACCUGAGCGAGUCAACCAGGAUGGCCUCCUGCCGCGUUCCACUGGUUUUGUUAGCCUGCGGCUCUUUUAAUCCAAUCACCAAUCAGCACAUGCGGCUAUUUGAGCUGGCCAGGGACCACAUGCACAGCACAGGCCGGUACGAGGUGGUGGGGGGCAUUGUGUCUCCAGUGAGUGACGGAUAUGGAAAGCAAGGUCUGGUCCCUGCGAAGCAUCGAAUUUCUAUGGCUAAACUGGCCCUUCAGAGCUCUAACUGGGUCACAGUUGAUGAAUGGGAGAGCCAGCAGCCAGACUGGACGGAGACAGUGGUCACUAUGAGGUAUCAUUAUGGGCGGAUUCUGAAAGAAUAUGAGCAAAGCGCAGAAAGGCACAGCGACGCCAGUGGGAACUUUGCUUCUCCAUCAAGUCCGUUCCCCCAGCUGAAGCUGCUGUGUGGAGCUGAUUUCCUUUCCAGCUUCAAGAUCCCGGGCCUGUGGCUGGAGGACCACGUGGAGGAGUUGGUCGAACGCUUUGGCCUCGUUUGCGUCAGCAGAGGGAGUCUGCAGCCUGAGCGGGCGGUACACGAGUCGGACACGCUCUUCCGCCACAGGCGGAACGUUUUCCUGGUGAGGGAGUGGGUGAGGAACGAGACGAGCGCCACAGAGAUCCGUCGGGCACUGAGACGGGAUCGGAGCGUGAAAUACCUGAUCCCAGACUCUGUGAUGGAGUACAUUCGCCAGCACAAGCUCUACACAGAGGACAGCGAGAGGAGAAACGAGGGCACGGCGCUCAGGCCGCUUAUCAAACAGGCACAUCAGCCGAUAAAAAGUCUGGACGACUGAUAAAGCAAAUUAAGCUCCCAUCCAUCAGCCCUUCGUGGAGGACUCGUUGACUUUAAUGUGAGGCAGGUUUGCACAACGUGAAACGGUCUGCAAAAGAGCACAUUUAGACUGGAUCGAUCCUGCAGAAGCAUCGCUCCAGUGUCUUUUAAUGCGUGCAAACAAAUAAUAUGUUAUAAUAACAGGGACUUACAUUUAUGGUCACUUUAUUUUUAUAAGGUUUUGCUGUCUUUCCCAUCUUAUUUCUUCCUCAUAUUAUGCCAUAAAAUGGAAUAAAAUCUUUGCAUUUGAAGCAUU